AUGCAGAUUUUGAUUUCUAACAAUAUUACUAGUCGCUUCGAUAAGCUAGAGAAACAGAUUGACUCUUUGAUGAAUAACAUUCAUUCUCAGCGACAGAAUGAAGACCCGUUGCCUGUCUCAACUCCACCACAUGACAUCCCUAGAUCCACCUUAACAACCAACGAGAAGCUCGAAGGUGCUCAAUCAGUCAAUUACAAGAAAGCAGAUAACUCAAUUCCACCCGUGUCUCUUCCAGUGGAAUCUAUCCUGUCCGGUCACGAUGUUUGGCCAGAGAACGAGACAGCGGAAGCACUGUGCUUUAUUUUUCGAAGCGAAUUGAGCAUUUUCUUCCCAUUUGUUACGCCUCCCAACGAACCGGCAGCUCUUCAGAUUCGACGAGGCGCGGCUUUGACCGAUGAGUUCGCUAAGCGAUUGUUGAUUGAUGGAGAGAAAACUCGUGAUAUCCUGCAGGCCUUGCUGAUCUCCAUUGCCUGGUAUCAUGGGCAUCUUAAGGCAAACCCUCAAAUGACGAACCUUCUCCAUCUUGCUCUUGCAGUUCUUGCAGACCUCGGGUUUGAUAAACCAGCUCAUCUAAAUGACCGUCGCACAGUAAUAUUUGACGCAUCAAGAUCAAGCUAUGGAUUUGCAGAAGAAACCAAUCGCAUGGAUAAUGAAGACCGCAGGACUCUAUUGGGUUGCUUCUAUGUAACCUCUGUGGCAUCUGCUGUAUUUCGACGUGUUGAUGCAAUACCGUACAGCCGGCAUUUAAACCAGGCAUUGCAAAUCCUGGUCGAAACGGGAAAGCAUCCAGCAGAUGAGUUACUGGUUCUGCAUGUUCGUUUACAAAGCCUGGUCGAACAAAUUGCCCAGGUAGCACCGUUCGAUGAUCCACAAGGACCUCACAGCUCUUGGGCUCCGAUCACAAUGCAUAUUCGCUAUCUAGAACAGCAACUAACAAAUCUCACGCAAUCAGCAACCAAGUUCAACGGAAAUUGCCAAUGGCUUAUCCAUGUUCAUGCAGCGCGAAUCUUUCUCUAUGAGGCCGGACUUUACGACCCUCUAUGGCAGAAUGCAAAUACUGGCGCCCGGCAGCAGCGGUUAGAUACAAUGUGGAAAUGCCUUGCAGCGACAAAGUCAUUAUUCGAAGUAUAUCUCUCCAUGCCAGAUCAUAUGAUCUUCACUGCGUCAUACGCCCUUUGGGGUCUUUUGGCGUAUGGUCUGCUCAUCGCAUCUCGUCUAUGUUUAUCCAAAGUUGAAGGCUGGGAUGUAGACUUGGUUCGAACAGAACUUGACUUUUCACAAAUACUUGAGUUGGUCACACAGAAGACAGAUCAAGGCAAUGCGUUCGCACGCGCUCAUUGGCUAGGAGACGGUGGCUCAGAUGAGCAGGUUGACCGGAUCAAAAUGAAGACAAGGAGAGUUCAGACUUGGUUCAAUCAAUACUUCCCCCGAAUAUUUGCACAACAUGACCCUGCUCUUGCCAUGGGGCCCGACCCUAGUUUCCUUCUAGGAAUCGAUGAUAUGUUCUGGGAGGAACUCAUUACAGGUUUCCAACCAGCUGGUUUAUAG